CGAACAUUUUCCUCCGCAGACAUCAUCAUCUGCUCCUCGAGUUUACAACCACUUCUCUCACCACAUUAACACCUCUCAUAUACCUCAACCAUGCUUCAACGAACGCUACGCACACCGGCUCUGCGCAGUGCCUUGUCGGCGCUCUCUCCCCGCGCCACCUCUACCACCCUUCUCCCUAGAAUCACCUCCUCCCUCGCCCAGACGCGGUUACUGUCGCAGGAAGUACGUACCGCUAUCGAAAAAGCAGUUGCUUCGGCGCCUGUCGUCCUGUUCAUGAAGGGAACCCCCGAAACACCUCAGUGCGGAUUCUCUAGAACUUCAAUUCAGAUACUAGGUCUCCAGGGCGUGGAUCCGAGAAAAUUUACUGCAUUCAACGUGCUUGAAGAUGAAGAGCUACGGAGUGGAAUUAAAGAGUACUCCGACUGGCCAACAAUCCCGCAACUAUACAUCGACAAAGAGUUUGUCGGUGGCUGCGACAUCCUGAUCAACAUGCACAAGGACGGUAGUCUUGCUCAGCUACUAGCGGAGAAGAAAGUCAUCAUCGAGGACGACACCAAUCCAGAUUCCGAUGCCGAGGGCCAGCAAGCCCAAGAGACUAGAGCGACGACGGAGCAGAGUACAGGUGCUAGGUCGAAGGAUGCGAAGGGCGAGAGCUCGUGAUGCCUAUAACACUACAAUACAUCUGCAGCGGGCUCCCAUAAGCCGUGUACUACCUGGAGAAAAUAAUGCAUGCCAAAAAGCUCGAUCACCUUCCAGCUAAGCUGACCCGUUUUCUUUUAAAACAAUGCCCGGACACUUAGUCGAUCUCAUGACCCGGGGUGUCCCCAUUGCAUUGAUGAAAGCAAGCAUUUCCAUUGUCGCGCUCAGGCAUUCUACAGAUGGAGUAACAAGGCGAAAACGCAGCCCAUCAGGUUCAAGAACGCAACCAGACUCGAAGGCACGGAUGGCGGAAGCUAUGAGGGCGUGUGCAAGUCAAACCCCAUUCUGACUGGAAAGCUCAUGGUAUUUACUUUCAUUUCAAUUUCGCUCAAACGUUACAAUCAGCAUUGUUAUU